AUGCAGACUGCUUCUACAAACAUUUGUGAAAGACUGUGCAAUAAGUCCAUCAGUUACAUGUCCUUGCCUCUAAAUAUUCCACGGUCAACUGUUAGUGGUAUUAUAACAAAGUGGAAGCAACUGGGAACAACAACAACUCAGCCACCAAGUGGUAGGCCACGUAAAAUGACAGAGCGGGAUCAGCGCAUGCUGAAGUGCACAGUGCUCAGUAGUCGUCAACUGUCUGCAGAGUCAAUAGCUAAAGACCUCCGAAACUUUGUGUAGCCUUCAGUUUAGCACAACAACAGUGUGUAGAGAGCUUCAUGGAAUGGGUUUCCAUGACCGAGCAGCUGCAUCUAAGCCUUACAUCACCCAAGUGCAAUGCAAAGCGUUGGAUGCAGUGGUGUAAAGCACGCUGCCACUGGACUCUAG